AUGGGCAAUACGGGUAGCUCAAUCACCGAUCUAAGUCUAUUCUCGAAAGGUGGUGUUUUUACACGUGAUCAAAUUGAUGAAUAUCAGGCAAAUAUCUUGCGUCUGUACAAACGUUUUUAUGCGCUGAAUCCGCUGAAAGUGCCGACGAAUAUGCAAGGCAAUCGUCCAGCAAUCAUUACGCUAUGCUUUGAGGAAAUCGAGAAAAUGCCCGAGUUAAGGGAAAAUCCAUUUCGACGACGUAUAUGUCAGGUGUUUUCGGAUGAUGGUGCCGGAAAUUUAACAUUUGAUGACUUCCUGGAUAUGUUUUCUGUUUUUAGUGAAAUGGCACCGCUGCAGCUGAAGCUAAAAUAUGCAUUCAGAAUAUAUGAUUUUGAUGGCGAUGAUCAGCUUGGACACGAUGAUCUGAGUAAAAUGAUCCGUUGCCUGACCAGGGAUGAACUGUCGGACGAGGAAGUUGAAUUCAUCAUUGAAAGGGUGAUCGAGGAAGCAGAUUUGGAUGGCGACGAGCAAAUAUCAUAUGCCGAAUUUGAACAUGUCGUCUCACGCUCCCCUGAUUUCAUCCGUACAUUCCAUAUUCGGAUAUAG